AAUGGAUAUAGAAAUUAAUGAUCAAAUUUUUGAAUUUGUUAAAUUAUUUUCAGAAGCGAAAACCAUGUCAGUCAAUACUUGGAACAAAGAAAAAGUGCAAUAUUGUAUUAGACUUGCAACUGGAAUAGAAUUCUAUUUAUUUGAUUUUGAGAAUGAUACCAAAUAUAAAGAGUAUCUCUUUAGUGAACUUGUCAAGAAAAUAAAAAUGACAACAGAAGCUUGUGCUGAUCUUGAGAAAUCGAUACCUUCAAUAGAUGAGAUUUGUAACUGUCAACGUUUAUUAUAUAGAACAUUACUAAAAAAUCCUUAUCUAAGUCUUGAUGUGCUUGCUUACGUUAUAGAAACUUAUGAUCCGUUAUUUGAUAGUGACAAAAAAAAGAGCUUCGUUAAGGAUGUCAUAAUUGGAAGUAAAUCUGCAGUGAUUGCAGAUGUAUUAACAGGAGUUCAGAUGACAUUUUUAGAAGGCGUAUCUCGUCUCAAAAGUGCAACAAAUGCUAAAGAUUACAUUGUGUCAUCAUUUAAAGAAGAAUACUCUUUUAAGUUGCUACCAAAAACUAUUUCAUAUCGCGCGGCUGCAAAAUUACUUAUUAGAGAUUGUUCAAGAUAUAUCACUGAAGGUGGAUUACUUCAAUACAAUAAAUAUUUAAUAAUAAAAAAAUUUUCAGAUUAUAUUAACAAAUCACCGCAAAAUUUGGAAAUCCUUUUUCAUGCUUAUAUAAUUACGCUUGAGAUUCGUGAAAAUUAUCUUGACAAGAACGAGGAAGAACCAUUAAUACCGGCAGAUAUGUAUGAACCUUUACUGGAUUAUAUUUUGUCGGUAAUAGAUGAAAAAUCGAGAUUACCUUAUCUAGAAGUUGAUUCUGCAGCUUUAGAGCCUCAAAUUUGGAGAUUACAUCCUUGGAUGCUGGCAAAGAUUUCAUAUCAUGAUGAAACUUUCUUUUUGAAAUACCGUAACAAAUUAACGGAAUGUACUCGACAAGAACAAAGAAUAAUGGUUGAUGAUUCUCUAUCGUCAAUGAUUGAGCCCAAAAUGUUUUACAGGCAAAUCCAUGUUCACGAAAAUGAUAGCAAAAUUGAUUAUGAAUUGAUGGAAAAAUUACAUAAACAAUGGAAUAUACUAAUAAAUGUGUUUGAUAAAAGAAGAGCCGAUAAGCUAGUUGAUUUUCUAAAAGAGGAGUGGAUAAUAUUUAAAAAAAAAUUUACAAAUUAUGAAUAUAAUAAAGCUUCAGAUUGCAUUUUCAAGAAUAUGUUUAUUCAAACCUGGAUGAUUUUUUUUAAAGAACUUGGAGUACAAAUUGAAAGUUCUCUACCAUAA